GAGAUGCAGCAACAGCAAGAAACCUGAAAAAGAAAUGCUGCAAGAGCAAUCAAUAGCACAACUCUGUCAGAUCUAAAUUUCCUUCUUUUUUUUUUUUUUUUUUUUUAGAGAAUUAGCUAAUUAUAACAGAUUUUUCAUAAACCUGUUGCUAUUUUCUGGAGACCGUUGGCUGACAUGGGUAAUGGAAUCAACAAGAUCCUGCCUGAUCUCUAUCUUGGCAACAUUAAAGAUGCACGAGACCAGGAGCUGCUGGCGCAGCACAACAUCACCCACAUCCUGUCAAUCCAUGACACAGCUGCACCGGUCCUGGAGGACAUGACGUACCUUUGCAUCUCUGCUGCUGACCACUCAAAGCAAAAUCUGAUUCAGUAUUUUAGAGACAGCAUCAUGUUUAUCCAUGAGUCCCGACUGAAAGGGGAGGGCUGCCUGGUACACUGUGUGGCAGGAGUGUCCCGCAGCGUGACUCUGGUGGUGGCCUACAUCAUGACGGUGACAGGUCGUGGCUGGGUGGAGUCGCUGGCCGCGGUGAGGUCCGCAAGGCCCUGUGCUGGGCCAAACCUGGGCUUCCUACGGCAGCUGGAGGAGUUUGAAAACAUGGAGCUUGCAGAGUAUCGAGCCUGGUGGGAGGAGCGCUACGGGAAGAACUUGUUAAAUGAUGAUGAGGAAAUUCAGAACCUUUUAACUCGGAAAUCCAACAACAGCAGCAGCAAUGCUGUAACAGCCAGCAUCACCCCUGCAGUGGCCACAAGUGGCACCUGAACAUCUUCUGCCAACCUCUCUGACCCUGAACUCAAGCUGCUGAGGACUGUCAGCCUCUGCUCCAUCCAGCUCAUCACUGAUCUGAGAACUGCAGCAGGAAAUCUAGUCUUGUUAAAACCUCUAUCGAUAUGAUAGGCUGAAUGUCACAUUAGCAGAAUAGCUACACAGGCAUGUGAUGAGGGGGGAUUUUAUAUCACUGUCGUCAGCCCCGUUCGUCAUAUCAUGUCCUUGCCUCUAACUGUCAAAACAACAUGCAAGGGCAGCCAAGCACGACACCAAGGAAAUAUGUACAUGCAGUCCUGAGUGUGAGCGCACAUUUAGUAGCGUACACUCCCUCUGUCAGUUAUGUUAUGCUGUGUCUUACUUGAAAUAUAACAUUUACUUUGUACAGACGGCAUGGACACUGGGGAAAAUUACAUUUCUUAGUAAAUCAAUACUAGAAACUGUUUAUUUUCUUAUGUUUAUUGUACUAUUACGCCUAACUGUAAGCUUUG